UUAUAUUCGAGUUUAAACUGUUGACGAGUUGAGGGUUGGUUGCACGCGCGCUUCAGAUUUAUAUUUAAAGAACGCAUAUUGCCGCUGAUUCAGACCAACCAACCGUAAAUAAUAAACAUAUCUUUUGAGUGUAUCUUCUUUGUAUCGGUCAGUGUUGACUCAAAAAAAAAAUUAACAAAAAAAAGAUACAAUAUUUAAUGAAUAUAUCAAGUAUCAAAAAUAACCCGCGGAAGUUACAGAAUUUAAUCGCUUCUGAUUGAUUGCGAAUCUCAGUUGUAGGAGUCCUCAGAUUGUGCGCGACUGCUAUUAACCUCAAAAGUUGCAUUCUCCACCAAAUCAGCAACAACCUACUUCAAGCACAGUACAACACCUUUCAUUUGCGGUUUCCAACGGGACAAGCGGGAAUCACAACCGCCGCCUGUAACAACAUUACCACCACCAACUCCGCCGCCAGACGACGAUCCCAGUUGUAGUGUAAUCGUCCAGCAACCAACAACAACAACAACAACAAAACCAACUGCCAUCAACAGUAAAAGGAUUAUUCGCCGCAUUAAUUCUUCAACAGCUUAUUCCAAGUCAAGCACUUCAAUUCGUUCAAACAGUUCAUCGCCAGACACAACAAUGGCCGCCGCAAACAGUAUUGCCCCCCCACCAGCUGGUCCAGCUGAGAAAAUUCCCUGGCCCAACAGUAAGGACGAUUAUGAGUUGCGUGAUGUUAUUGGUGUGGGUGCCACAGCUGUGGUACAUGCUGCUCUCUGCCUGCCUCGAAACGAGAAAUGUGCCAUCAAACGCAUAAAUCUCGAAAAAUGGAACACAUCCAUGGAUGAACUUUUGAAGGAAAUUCAAGCCAUGUCAUCGUGUAAUCAUGAAAAUGUCGUAACCUAUCACACAAGCUUUGUGGUACGUGAAGAAUUGUGGCUUGUUCUACGUCUGCUAGAAGGUGGAAGUCUCCUUGAUAUUAUCAAACACAAGAUGCGAACGUCAAAUUGUAAACAUGGUGUUUUCGAUGAGCCAACUAUUGCAACUGUCUUGAAAGAAGUACUCAAAGGUCUGGAGUACUUUCACCUGAAUGGACAAAUUCACAGAGACAUCAAAGCUGGUAAUAUUCUCCUCGGUGACGAUGGCACUGUUCAAAUUGCUGAUUUCGGCGUUAGUGCCUGGCUCGCUACCGGUCGAGAUUUGUCCCGCCAAAAAGUCAGGCACACUUUUGUCGGCACUCCUUGUUGGAUGGCUCCCGAAGUGAUGGAACAAGAUCAUGGUUACGAUUUCAAGGCGGAUAUUUGGUCCUUCGGUAUUACGGCAAUCGAAAUGGCGACUGGAACUGCACCCUACCACAGGUAUCCACCUAUGAAAGUUCUCAUGCUAACUCUACAAAACGAUCCACCAACCCUCGACACUGGUUCGGAAGACAAGGAUCAGUACAAAUCUUAUGGCAAGACUUUCCGCAAAAUGAUUGUCGAAUGUCUGCAGAAGGAGCCCUCGAAGCGACCAACCGCCAACGAACUGCUGAAACAUGCCUUCUUCAAAAAAGCCAAGGACCGCAAAUAUCUCACCCAAACCCUGCUGACGACAGCACCUUCAAUGGAGACCCGAGUGCAUAAGGCCUCGCGUCGACAACCCGGUGCGUCGGGACGACUUCACCGAACAGUUACCGGCGAAUGGGUGUGGUCUAGCGAAGAAGAGGACAAUGGCAAGCAUUCCUCAGACUCUGAAUCUGAUGAUCGUCCGAUCAAUCGUCUGGAACAAGGCGACUCGUCGGACAGUGAACGUGAAGAGCAUUCGGAAUUCUCCGAACGAACCAUGACGUGCACCUCAGAGCCUGCUGAUUCGGCAACAAGUGAGGCAGCAGUAUCAGCAGCAGCGACUGCGGCGGCGGCUACAUUAAAUGCAGCAGGUGAUGCACCACCAGUGAAUCUUGUUUUGCGAAUGCGAAAUAUCAAGCGAGAGUUGCACGACAUUCGAUUUGAAUUCGCCGUCGGAAAAGACUCUGCCGAUGGAAUUGCCGCCGAGCUGGUUGAAGCUGGCCUCGUCGAUAAUUUGGACACAAAUCCUAUGGCUAUUAAUCUGCAAAAGCUGAUAGAGCUGCGAAAUCAAAUGAAGUCUAUUACGUUCCAACUGAGUUCUGGUAUCCAGCCGGGCGAGGUUCCUGAUGAAAAAUCAUUAGUUGGCUUUGCCCAAAUAUCGAUAAUAGACUAAAUAGGCUUAAAAUAAUAACAAGCCUGCGUUAACUAACCCCCUCUUCCCUCUCAAUGUCUCCCCAAACGCCAUCUAUCAGUGAUGGUGGUGAUUCACAUUAAUUAUAUAUUAUUUUUUUUUUUAAUAAAUAAAUUUUAUUAAAUACCCUCUUCCUCCUGCUCCCAUCCUGUUCCUUUUCAUGUCAGCGUGAUGAAGAAAUGUUUAAAUGCAAGUAUAAUGUAUCACUUCUAUUUAUAAAAAUUAAAAAAAAUAUUACUAUUAUUAUAUUUCGUAAUUAUUAAUUUUUUUUUCUUUAAAUAUAAUUUAAUUAAAUAAAUUAAGCUACAUAAUUUAGCUCUUACUUUUCAAUUAAAAAUGAAAAAAAAAAAAACAUGUAA